CGUAGCUUGACUUCUAAGCAAAAUUCGAGUUUUACCACUCGUAAUUCUUAACAUCAACAUUCCAUCUUCACGUUUACGUUACACUUAAUUAAUACGUACGCCAAAAACGCCCUCUGUGUCAAAUUGCCUAGCGCAACUGAAAGUCACCUCGACGCGGACCCAGGAAGGGAAAUCAACUACACCCUAUGACACUGUUUGUGGAGACAGUGCGUCACGCAUCAACCAUCAUUACGGGUGUAUAAUAUCUCGAGCCGUGUAUCCAAUGGAAGCAAGAGAUCAGCAAGAAUUCUACUGAGCGCGGAUCUUGAUCUUGAUAUCGAUAUCAGCAUUCAGACGAAGGACUGCAUAUUGCCGUUUUACCUGUCAACCGAUCAUUGAGAACAAAACAUGAAUCACGUUUCCUUUCAGGGGCAUCCACCACCUCUAGCGCCUACCAACCACCAACCUCAAGCCGUACCGCCGCCCAGAAAGUUGAGAAGGAUCUCGAGGGCUUGCGACUUUUGCCACAAGCGGAGCAUUAGAUGCAAACCGAGCGACGAAGAUCCGACACGCUGCCAGAACUGCGAUGACUUCGAUGUCCCUUGCACGUACUUGAGGCCAGCCAAGAAGAGAGGUAUCAAGAGCGGAAGCACAAGAGCAGCCAGUGAGAAUGGAAACUCUUCCAGAGAUGGAGAGAGUGAUGCACGAAUGCUAUUGGAGCUGACCCAUGGGAUUCAGGGGAAUGGGUUCUUCAAUGUGGUGGACCGGUUUUCGAUUCCCGAGCGAUGGAAGACACUGGUGAUUGAGAAUGAGACCAAAAUCCAAAACCUGGUGGAUGUGUAUUUCGAAGUUGUGUAUCCCAUAUUUCCACUGUUUCACUCCCCAAACAUGAAGAGGAAAGUUGCGUCUCGAGACUAUUUGACAGACCAUUCCUUCUUCGCAGACACAAUGGCUAUCUGUGCUUUGGCAUCAGCAAGAGCCAGGGAUGGUGCUCUUUUCCCUGGUCAGUGGGAGCCUGGACACUUCCACCAUCCGCCUUCGGAAGUAUUCUUCGCAGCUGUCAAGGAGGCCAUGCCACAGGACUUGAGUGCAAUGAAAGGUUUGGAUUGGAUGCGAACAUGUGCUCUCAUGGCUCUUUAUGGUAUCCAAGUUGGUAAGAUCGACAUUAUGCAUCAGUACCUAGGCAUGUAUCACAGUCUGGUAUCGAUGGACAGCUUACAUGAUGAGAAGAAUUGGCCCCAAGACAUCGGUUUAAUUGAGUCGGAAUUACGAAGACGCCUGUUCUGGUCAAUGUAUACUCUAGAAGUGUACUCGUCCAUCGUAUGGGGUAAUAUUAUUCGUUGCCGAGAAGCACAAUCUCAUGUUCAGUAUCCUAGCGAGAUUGACGAUGAAUUUUUCACAGAUGCAGGGUAUCAUCCUCCUAACAGUCUCGUACCUUCUCCUCAAGUUGCUGGCAAUACCAUCUGUUGGCUUCACGGUUUGAACUUUUGCACUGAGCUGUAUCGAAUCCUUGAGCAUGCGAUGGACGAUUUUCACCGUCGACGACCCGUUCGAAACCAGUUCUCUCCACCAGCUCUCUUUAAUCGAGAGACUCCUCAGCAAAGCGAUGUGUUGAACAAGGUCAUGUCCAUGUAUGAAGAGUUGCCUCCGCGGUUCAAAGAGACAAGACUGAACCUCUCGCAUGGCCAAGGUGGCCUUGAAGACAAAUUCAGUUUUCAGGCCGCCAAUAUUACUGCUACGCUUCAACUUGUUCGCAUGGUACUGUUCACCUCCAAGGAUGCGACAGUAGACGAGAAAUGUGCUAUUGCUCGAGAUCUUGUUGAAAGCUUCAACAAAAUUCCCAUUGAAUUCUUGCGGGCUAUCUCUUCUCCACUGUUGCACCAUGUGGCAGGCAUUGGUGCUAUCCUUGGCUCCGCAAUCGAAGGUCCCAUCUCAGAACCCUCCUACCAUCAAAUUAGAGUUGUGCUACUACAAAUGGUAGACCUCCUCUCCAACCUUGAAACAGGAAUUAGUCGAACCGUCGGCGCUGCCUCCCGUCUUCGAGCACAACUAGCAAACAUAGACAAUUACAUGAACACCCAACGCCGAAACGACCAUACGCAGUCCCAGCUCCUGCUCAACAACAACUUUCACCCCGCAGGGAUGGUCAAUGUCGAGCCAAAUCCCAACAUUGAUCCCAGUCUUCAAGAUGCCUUUCAAACACCACCGAAUCCGUACGAUUUUUCAAACGUGAGUACAGCUGCGAUGACGGCUUCCAUGAAUGUGAUGGCAGGCCAUAAUUUGCAGUUGCCGCCAGAGAUAUUGGAAGGGUGGCCAUGGCCGCUUGAUAUUAGCCAGGGAUUCGCUAGUUCGGGGCUUGGGCAAUUUUAAUCUGGUUGUGCGAAAGGAAGAUAGGGUGGCCUAAAAUGAUGUUGUAUGAUAAGGGAGAAUGUAGAAUGGAACGGAACGGAAUGGACAUGGGAUAGAAAUGGAUGGGAAAAGAUCAUGAAAAUAACAGGGUAUGGGAUGGACAAAAAAAGAAAGGCGUCUAAACCGAUUUUGGUUCUGGUCAAUGAUGGAAUGAAGUUGAACCGAAAAUGGUACCAUAAAUCAAAGACUGGAGUUAGAUGGGAUGAACAAGGACUGUUCGGUAAAAGAUGGAAAAUUUGCACACUCGGGGUGUUACGGUUGGAGGAAAGGGGUCAUGAACGCACUCAGUGCUUUCGUUCGUUAUUGCUGUAUCAAUAGUCGUUCUUGUACUGUAUGAAGGCCUCGUUAUCAUACCAUUGUCUGUGUGAUAUUCAGGACUGUGAGUGAAUGCUCGCUUAUCGUCUUGACACCUCGUCCUCCCUUUCUGAAGUCAUGACAAC